ACAAACCCAACCACAAAACCCUAGCACCGUAAGCCUACCCCACCGCCGCAAGGAGUGGCACACUGCCGCCGCAAGGAGUGGCACACUGCCGCCGUCCGUCGCACUCAAAGUUCGCCAUCCGUCAUCUAGCUUCCAUCGUGCUCCGAUUCUUCAACCCCUGUUCUCUGUCACCGAUCGCGGCUGCUUCCUCGAGCUCGGCGUCCGUCGUCUUUGUCUGCUCAGCCGCGCUUCCGUCGCCGUUUGUUUGCCGUUCACGUUCGCGUCUUCGUUCAGCUGUCGUCUUCGUUCGUGUUCUUCGCCGUUCACGUUCACUCGGCGUUCACCGUUCGCGUUCACUCGCUGUUCACCGUUCGAGUUCGCGUUCGUCUGGAAGCCACGUUGCUCUGCUUCAAACUCUGCGACCAAACCGGGCGCUCCACCCAGCCGUCGAACUGCUCUCUUUUGUCGCCGCCACCGAUUGGACCAGUAAACCAAUGAACCAGUGACUCCAGCGGUUUGAUGACCGGUUCGGUUCUCAGAACCUUGUUUCGGAACCCACACCACGCCCAGCUAUCUCACUCUCACUUUCACUCUCGAAAACGGCACUCACCUCAGCUCACCUCGGUUCAUCGCCACCGCACGCUCGCCGCUGUCACCGCCGUCGCCGCGCCUCUGGCCCGAUCCUCCGCAUCGUGUGCUCGCGAAUUGCGUCUCGCCUCUCUCCUCCGACUGUGCUGUGUGCUCGGAAGCUCGCGUCUCGCCGCGCCUCCGCCGGUGAGUGCUCGAGCUGUGCUUCCUGCAGCCGUGCAGCUUAUCGUCGUCGUCCGCCAUCACUGCACCCAACGCCUGGUGUGCUCCACUGCUCGCGUCUUGCCUCUCUUCCUGCUGUGAAGCUGUGCUUCCUGGUGAGUGCUCGCGUCUCGCCCCGCCUCUGUCCCUCCCUCGCCUCUCUUCCGUGGUUGUUGCUGCCUGAACUGCUGCUUGACGUCCACCUUCUGUGAACAACAGUUACGAAGUACGGAGCUUUAUUUGAAGGAAGAAAGAGGAGGGUGCAAGUGCCACAGGUUCGGAUAAUAGGACCCCCUUUGCCAAAAUAAAGGUCUUUGUGGAAGGUUCUCGAAUGGGCAGAGAUGGGUUGGGCCAGAAAGUUGGUGGGUGACGCCAAUUUCCUUGACUCUACUCCCUUCGCGAAGCUAUUAGACUCGUGCGUUCGAUCAAAGUUCGUUAAUGACGUGCGUCGCAUUCAUGCUCGAAUUACUAAGUCGCAGUUUUCGUCGGAGAUCUUCAUUCUGAACAGGCUCAUAGAUGCUUAUGGAAAAUGCGGUUGUUUGGAGGACGCGCGCAAAGUGUUUGACCAUAUGCCCCAGAGGAACACUUUCAGUUGGAAUGCAAUUUUAAGCACGUUGGCGAAGCCCGGUUGUCUUGAUGAGGCUUUGAACAUGUUUAACUCAAUGCCGCAACCUGACCAGUGCUCGUGGAAUGCUAUGGUGUCAGGUUUUUCCCAACACGGUUGCUUCCAGGAAGCUUUGAGAUUCUUUGUUGGCAUGCACCGUGAGAAUUUUGUGCUUAACGAGUACUCAUUUGGGAGUGCGCUAAGUGCUUGUGCAGGGUUAACUGAUUUGAAUUUGGGGAUUCAAAUCCACGCUUUGAUGUCAAAGAAUCAUUACUCAUCAGAUGUUUAUAUGGAUUCUGCUCUUGUUGAUAUGUACUCUAAGUGUGGGGUUGUGGCCUCUGCUCAGAGAGCUUUUGAUGGCAUGAGCACAAGGAACAUUGUCUCUUGGAACAGCUUGAUUACAUGCUAUGAGCAAAAUGGUCCUGUUGAAAAAGCUCUAGAGGUUUUUGUAAGAAUGAUGAAUAGUGGGAUUGAACCUGAUGAAGUUACUCUAGCCAGUGUAGUAAGUGCUUGUGCGAGCUUGUCAGCAAUUAGGGAAGGAUUGCAAAUUCAUGCUCGUGUUAUGAAACAGGACAAAUUCCGGAGUGAUCUUGUGUUAAACAAUGCAUUGGUUGAUAUGUAUGCAAAGUGCAAGAAAGUGAAUGAAGCUAGAACGGUUUUUGAUAGGAUGCCAUUUAGGGAUGUGGUGUCUGAAACCUCUAUGGUUAGUGGAUAUGCAAGGAUGGCAAGCGUGAAAGCGGCGAGGUUGAUGUUUUCUACCAUGAUGGAGAGGAAUGUGGUGUCCUGGAAUGCCCUUAUAGCGGGUUAUACACAAAAUGGAGAGAAUGAGGAGGCUGUUAAACUUUUUCUCCUCCUCAAGAGGGAAUCCAUUUGGCCAACUCAUUACACCUUUGGGAACCUGCUCAAUGCAUGUGCAAAUCUUUCUGAUCUGAAGCUUGGCAGACAGGCUCAUACUCACAUUUUGAAGCACGGAUUUUGGUUCAAGUCCGUAGAUGAAUCUGAUAUUUUUGUCGGAAAUUCUCUCAUUGACAUGUACAUGAAAUGUGGAUUGGUUGAAGAAGGAUGCCUAGUUUUUGAACAUAUGAUGGAAAGGGAUAAUGUUUCAUGGAAUGCGAUGAUAGUCGGAUAUGCACAAAAUGGUUAUGGUAUAGAGGCCCUUGAAAUUUUCAAGAAAAUGCUGGUAUCAGGAGAAAAACCAGAUCAUGUAACUAUGAUUGGGGUUCUAUCUGCAUGUAGCCAUGCAGGACUUGUUAAAGAAGGACGUCAUUACUUCCAUUCAAUGAGGAUUGAGUUUGGUUUAGCACCAUUAAAGGACCAUUAUACAUGCAUGGUUGACUUGCUUGGUCGGGCUGGUUGCCUUGAUGAAGCGAUAAAAUUGAUAGAAGAAAUGCCAAUGCAGCCUGAUUCUGUUGUCUGGGGAUCGUUACUUGGGGCCUGCAAGGUUCAUCGAAACAUUUCAUUAGGAAAAUAUGUGGCGGGAAAGCUCAUAGAAAUCGAUCCCUUGAACUCUGGACCUUAUGUUUUACUUUCAAAUAUAUGUGCUGAACUUGGUAGAUGGAAAGAUGUGGUGAGAAUCAGGAAACAGAUGAGGCAACGGGGAGUGAUUAAGCAACCUGGUUGCAGUUGGAUCGAAAUUCAGAGUUGCAUGAAUGUUUUCAUGGUGAAAGAUAAACGUCACCCUCGAAGGAAGGACAUCUAUUUAGUUCUGAAAAUUCUUACAGAACAGAUGAAGCAAGAUGGCUACAUGCCAGAAGUCGAUGAAGAGAUGUGUGAGGAAGAAAGUGAUUCUGAACUUUUAAACUUGAAUUGUGAAAUGGAAAUGCCAGUAGAGGCUGCACUUGGAUAGAGUAUGAAAUUUCUUAUGGCAAAUGCUUUCUGGCAUCCUUCACUUCGGACAUUAAACCUUUUCUCUUUCUUGAAAUCAGGGUAUGGGCCAGAAACUCAGGAUGAGGAUCCUCCAAAACUUUUUUCAAAGCCAAGUUAAAUGUACAGCUAUUAAGCUAAAGCUGUAGGGCCUUAACCAUAAUUUUUAGUUUGUUGGUAUUAUUUGAUUCCCCAUCCAUCAUAGAGAAAUUCUGUUAUUUAUUGAUUUUGAUCUUGUUAUGUUUGCUUACCAGAACAAUGAGCAAAAGAAAGUUUUGAAGGGCCUUUACAGAAUGGACACAUCCUUUGUCCGUGACUACAUGUAUAUCAUUUGGCACUUUGCCAUUACCCUUCAGGUAUUUUAGAACUACGAUAAAAAAUAUUUUCUCAGUUUCUUACUUCCUCUGAAUAUAGAGUUGUAAAUCAGACUUACUGAACAAGCAUGGUAAAAAGCUCUUCAGUUGUAAAAUCAUCCUAUUUUUGCUAUUUGUAAGAACAAUGCUAUUUAACUAGAGAAUCGGACAAUUUGUAUUUUAUAAAAGAAAUUACCAGGGAAGAAGGAAUCUAGAUGAUGAAGAGAGCGACGGGGUUUGAAUUGAUUAAGUAAUCAUCAAAAACAUAAAGCUAAUACAACUCUGGCAAUGACCAGACAUAUAUACAUAUUUUAUAAACAGCUGUUUGAAGAGAAAUCCAUGUGAAUGAGUGAGUGGUGGUUAUUAUCUGCAAGAGUAUUAUUCUUUUUUUCAUUGUGUGGGUGGUGGUUCUGCAAGUAUUGCCACCUCUUUCAUUUUCACUCCUAGUGAACCAAUUAAGCAGCAGAUGCAAGUUGGGUGUCAUUAUCGCAGCUGUUGGUAUGCCUCAGCCCUUUUUAUCAUCUCUACUUGUCAUCACUUCUUGAUCUGAUUGAGGAUGCCUUGGCUUUUUGUGUUUUCUGAAUCUAUUCAAUCAUUGCAAUCUAUAUUCACUGUUACAAAAGAUAUAUUGUAUUGAUUUUAUGUCUCCCUGCUUAUGAAUAUAAUCUAUGCAGGGAUGCUUUGGUUGGAAUAUUCAGAAAUGGUGGUUUUCCAUCCAUUUAUGCAGGUUGGGGAGCUAUACUGUGGUGAAAUGUUCCACCUUCAAUUAUCAAGUUAUAGUUUUAUGGAUAUGAAAGCUUGAAAAAAGUGAUGCCAUCGUUGUCAUCUACUAUUCAACCUAACGCAUUUCAGACUUUAAUCUGUGGAGGAUUAGCUGGAUCUACUGCUGCUUUGUUCACAACUCCUUUUGAUGUGAUCAAAACAAGACUACAGACAUGGAAAUAAAACCAGAGUUGGUGGUGCUUGAACGGAGAUAGAUUACUGGAGAAAAGGUUAAUGGUGCAUCAACUGUAUAUUUUAAUACAUGCAGUAUGCGGUGGCUUGGCUUGGUGGACCCGAAGGUGUACAAAUAUAGUAUGAGAAAAAUUUUGUAUUCAUG